AUGUCUUCCUAUCCAGGCCUCGAAAGUCUUCCUGCCGAGAUUCAACUCGGCAUCUUUUCUCAACUUCCGCACCAUAGUCUCACUCAAUUGGCUCGUACCUCCAAGCAUUUUAGCAACAUCGUUAUACCUCUGAUUUGGACCGAUCUUGAAUUUCAUAGUACUAUUUACCAUAAGACCUCAUCUGAACUGAACGUUCCUCCUCCUGUUCGCAGUCCCGCCAGCCGAAAAUAUUUUCCAGCAAUGAGAUACAACAGCGGGUCAAGAGAAGCAGAGGCUUUCUUCAACACACUGCAGACUCUGCAUGUGGAAAAUCCAGCCCGUCUGGAGCACGUUGCAAAGCGUAUCAAGCACAUAUGCACUGGCGUUGACCCCCAGUGGUUGCCACGGACUCGAGAUUAUGAAACAAUCUACCCGAACGCUAUUCGAGUCUGGGAGCUUCUGCCUUAUAUGACUAACCUUGAGUCUCUGGAAAUCCACGGAAGCUCGUUGUAUGGCGGUGGCAGGACAGGAGACCCAUUGGAGCAACUUCAAGGUCCUACCCCUAGACUUCGAUUUGCGAAGCUUUCUGGCUAUGUACCCCGAGCCGUGGCUGAAUGGGUUCUCAAGGCUGGUGACACUCUUGAGCGUUUGGAACUUGGCAUGUUGGACCGUCCAAUUUCCUCGUCCCAUGAUUCAGAUCCCCACUUCGCCCCUCUUCCUCAUGAAAAGCUCAAGAAAGAAAAAGAUGACGAUGAGGAUAGCGAGGCGGAUUCAGAUGAUGACGAUGACGAUGAAUCGGACUGGGGUAGUCUUAGGGGUGAGGCUGUUAUCCCUCGUCCGUUGGGUGGGUUUUUGACAUCCUUUCAAGAUCAAGGCAACGAGCUGAAGUUGCCUAAACUCACGCAUCUCUACCUUUAUCAGCCUUCUGAAUCGGAUUAUGAGGACAGCUUGGACCAGUAUACAUGGUCCAAGCGAGCUGAAAAAGCCUGCCACAGUGAUUGGCGCCAGAUCCUCCAAGCUUCCCUACCAACACUCAAAACGCUUGUCCUCGAGCAGCGUCCUGCAGCCGACUACAUCGAGAACGACGGUCUAACAGAGAUGGAAUGGAUGGAGAAUCGAAUUACACCAGCAGCUAGUCAAAACCUGCUCGAGAUGGUCGGGGCAGUAUUGGAGGCGGAUAAAAGCCAAGGAUCGCUGCAGUGUGUGUACUUGUAUGGCAUUUUCGUCGGAUUGCUCGAAGAAGACGAAGGGAUGCCUGAUCCGGCGGAACCUUCAGGUCGUUUUAUGCAGUUCUUGCAAGGUUGUGGUGUUGAGUGUGAAGCCAGAGUCGGGCAGUGGUGUUUCUUUGACGACGACAGUGGUCAGGCGACGUGGGACGCUUGCUGUGACAGUGAAGAUGAAAUGGAGGAUGGAGAUGAGUCGAUGAGGUGGGACGAUGUAUUAUGCAUUGUCUAG